GCCGUUUACGUGUGGACGAAAGGUGCAAACGCAUAGAAAAAUCUGCGUUUUCAAAAAUACCCGGGUACGUGUGGACAUAGCGUUUAACAUUCAGGCAUCCUCGAAAACAGAAUGGGAAUAGAGCAGCUGCAAGAGAAUUCAACAUUAAUGAAUCAAUGGUACGGAAGUGAAGGAAGCAAGAAGAACGAGUUGACUUAAAGUCUUUCCUAAGAAGACUGAAGUGACACCUCCUCCGUCUAGACCUGAGAGAGAAACUCCCACUCACACAGUCAGACACAUAAAUGUGCUCUCUGUCGGAGAAGUGGUGCUGUUGCUGAACUGAAGCUGUGAAUUCAUUCAAAGUGUUUUUACGUACACAAGGAGAUUAAACAACAGAAGAAGCAGUCAGACAAACAUAAUGGAAAUCAUUCAAUCAGUUACUAUGACAACAAUGAGUAGUGUGGAGUCCACAACCAUUAAUCUGUUCCUGGACUCUGAGUUUCGUUAUGUGCUCAUCCCAGUCUCCUACAUCAUCUUCUUCAUCCUGGGCUUGAUCUCUAACCUCUACGUGCUGUUUGUCCUGCGCUGCCUUCAUCAAGCCAAGGCCAUGGGAGAAAUCCACAUCUACAUGACCAACUUAACUAUCGCUGAUCUUCUGUUUGUGUGUGCUCUUCCCUUUUGGAUUGACUACUAUAUGCGUGAGGGAGACUGGGUUUAUGGAGAUUUCAUGUGCCGGGUGACAGGCACCUUCUUUUUCAUCAACACCUACGGCACCAUCCUGUUCCUUGCAGCCAUCAGCAUCAACAGAUACUGGGCGGUGACUCGGCCUCUGGACGCAGCCUCGUCGGACCACAGAAUUCGUGGAAUUAUUGUUUGUAUUUGUAUCUGGGCGUUUAUUGUGGCGAUGUCUGUUCCUUUUCUGGUGAGUCCAGGGAUCAACGUGCACCGUAAAAACAACACUGACAUACGUCGCUGUUUUGAGGGAUACCAGGGUGGAACUAAUGACAAGAAGAAAAAAGUGGUUGUAACUCAUUUUUUAAUAAUUGGAUUGUUUUUUGUUGUCUUUUUACUCAUUGUGAUGUGCAAUAUCCUUAUUGCUCGAAGUUUAAUUUUUAAAAACUCUCCUCAGUCGGAAAGUCAGUCUUCAGGAACACAGUCUAAAAAACCCAAUUUAACGUCAACGUUUAAACGACCCACAGGGGUAAAACGGAGGGCUCUCCAGAUGUUGCUGGCAGUGGUGGGAGUGUUUGUUCUGUGUUUCCUGCCACACCACGUAGUUCAAGGCCCCUGGGUUCUGGCAGUGCUGGAGAUCGAAGACGGCUUUGGCCACGUGAAUUACAACGAGACCACUCGUCAGUUGCUGAGCGACGCUCAUCAGAUCACCCUGGUUCUUAUGGGCCUCAACUGCAUUUUGGAUCCUGUAGUUUAUUAUUUUGCCACAGGGAAGUUUAGAGGACUCAUCAAGGCCCGCAUUAAAAAAUUAAUCCCAUGCACCCAAACUCAGAGCUACCACUUAAACCAGCCUGCAUCACCUGUUUGGACUCUGGGAGGAAAUCAGAGGCCUCAUAUCAAAGCCACAAAGGCCGGGAGGCAGGAUCAAACUCCUCACACUGAAAGGAGCUCAGUGGUCAUUGCAUAAAGUAUUUUCAAAAAUAUCACUUAUCCAGCAUUUUGAUUUUUCCUCGUCAGGUUGGGUGUACCAAACGGUGCAAUCAGUUGAAAGCGCAGAUGUGCGCUUGAUGCAAUAAGCACUUUUUUAUGCAAUAAAGUUGUCUUUUUCUCAAUUACAUCCAAACAGUGUUUGGACACUGUUGUCAUCCGCAACAUACCACCAACCCAGUGAUGUCAUGUUCUUUACCGAUACAAGAUGGCGCUAAACAUGCUUUAAAAACUUUAACUUUCAACACUUAUUUCUUAAAUCCAGCUUCAUAGACAGAGUUACAUCUAUGACAGUUGUUUACAGUAGUGCUCCAUGUUGUAAAUUAGCCUUUAUACAUGUGGUGUUUAAUGUACACAUUAAAAGUUGGAGAGGCUCGUUAACCUUAAUCUCGGAAUUAUACCUUGGAAUCAGGGAGAGGAGCAUUCAUUGUGUUGUGUGUUUGUACAUAGGAUGUGUAGUUAAACAUUUAUAACACAACAUCACCGCUCUCACUCAACUACAGUGAGUGAGAGCGGUGGUCCACGCAGUUCACAGAGUGCUGUAUGGAGCCUGCUUGAAAGACUCCCAUACUGUGCUUUUAUUAGUCUCUACCUCCAUCAUGUGGUUUAAAUAUAUUAUUGCUCAUUUGUCUCAGUGGCUGUAAAGAAAGCAGUGUGAUCUUCAAACUGUACUAACAUUUUGUCAAGAUGUCGGAUCAUUGUGAGAAUCAACAUCCCAGGAAGUUUUGAAUGGCCUAUAAGAAACCUGGAAAACUAUUCCUGAAGAUUGCUUAAAGAGUAUUCAAGGUGUAUUGAAGAAUAAAUGUGGCAUUAUAAAGUA